CGCCCUUGCCCCGGCGGACGAUCGCGGAGCCGGGCGGCGUCGCCUGAGCCUCCUUCCUUUCCUCCCCGGUUCCCGGGCAGGCGGGCUGGCAUGGUGCGCCAUGGCCACUUGGAAGCGCGACGGGCGGCUGACGGCGCUGCAGCGGCUGGCUUGCGCCGGGUUGGCCGGGGCGGCGAGCCACAGCUUGACGGCCCCGCUGGAAGUGCUCACCGUACUUGGCCAGGUCGGGGCGCUGCCCGGGCGGAGAACCGGCGGCCUCUGGCGAGCGGGGAGCAGCCUCUGGCGAGCCGAGGGCGCCGGCGCGCUCUGGAAAGGCAACCUGACCGCCUGCUUGCGCCUCCUGCCUUACAGCGCCGUGCAGCUCGCCUCCUACCGCCGAUGUGUGAUGUUGCUGAUGGAUGAUCUCGGCCACAUUUCCCAGUGGAACGCCAUUGUGGCCGGCAGCCUGGCGGGAAUGAUGGCGGCCAUUGCAACCUACCCAACGGAAGUGGUCAAGACGCGGUUGAUUGUGCAGAACCGACUGGAGCCGCCCUACAAAGGCAUCCUUCAUGCUUUGUACAUGAUCUACCACCAGGAAGGAGCCUCUGCCCUUUAUCGGGGUCUUUCCUUGUCAGUAUUAGGUGCCAUCCCAUUUUCCGUUGGUUCCUUCCUUGUUUACACUCACCUGGAUGGGCUCUGGGGUCAGCCCGGACUCCCUUUCACACCAAUGCAAAACUUCUUCAACAGCUGCCUGGCCGCCGCGGUGGCCCAAACUUUCUCCUUCCCCUUUGAAACCGUCAAGAGGAAAAUACAGGCUCAAAGCUCUUGCCUCCCUUGUUCUGGAGGGGUUGACGUCCAUUUUAACGGCGUGAUAGAUUGUUUCAAACAGACGGUAAAAGCCAAAGGAAUCCUCGCUCUCUGGAAUGGACUAACUGCCAAUUUACUCAGGAUCGUUCCUUAUUUCGGGAUCAUGUUCAGCACCUUUGAAUUCUGUAAAAGGGUCUGCCUCUACCGGAACGGUUACAUCGAUUCCCCUUUACGCUACGCACUUAUUCCUGGUGUGGACCAGAGUUUACAACCUCAGGAACUGCAUGACUUAAGGCUCCUCGGACGAAGAAACUUCUAAGUUUCUGGAUGCGUUUCUGAACGCAGCUUCCCAGCAAAAAAA